UACUUGAAAUUACUGGUUAGCCAGGAAAGUAUAAAUAACAGUUUGCUUCAAUAUCAGAACAUUUCACUUUCACUAUUUAAAGGUUAAAGGCAGGUGCCUGCAGUUUUUGUUGACACCGGAAGUGCCUCUACGAGCUGCCCUUACUGCAGCAGCCAGCACCAGUGUUUAGCAUUAGCGGCUAAGUCAGCAGCAGCUGGUGGGAGCCACUUGCUUUAGUAGCGUCAUUACACCGUCGUUAGCUUGUGCUAGCUCUCUAGCCGGAGAUGUCAACCGGUGUCUCGCUAGCUGUGGGCACAUCACGGCUGUGAAUGACAUGCUCUCCCUCCCCAGUUAGCCCUUUGAGCUAGAGAUGCGGACCACAUCGUUGCAGGUCAACGUUAGCCGGCCGGAGUUGGAUCGUAGCACUGUUGUGGUGCCGCCGUGCCCCGUCCAGCCUCUCGCACGAUGAGUGACCAUUAUAUCCAAGUCAAGGUUCAGCUCGAGCAGAUGAAAACACUGGGCGAGGAGGCUGGGAGAGGAGAAGACGUGGACGCCGAGGAGCAGCUGCCGGCGUCCUCCCCCGCUGCUUCCGUCUCACCGGACCCCUGCUGCAUCAUCAGCACCUCCGUCGGCUCCAGACCCCGAGGCAAAGGUCGCACCAAGCAGGGGAAAGAUGCCCAGAACACCAGUGGCAUGCACGCCCCAGACGCGUCCUCGCCUGGGUCUGUUGUCUCUGCUCAUGUGGGGAAAAACUCGAACAGGCAGGAGACUGAGCGGACCCUUCACAUCGAGGGAACUGAGAUGAUCCUGCAGGGCAAGUCCGAGACUAACGGGAACUGUGUGGCCAACAAUGCUUCCAAGAACAACCAAGAGACACGCCGCGAGGACGGAUUCAAGCCGGCCAGGAGGAGACGACCAGUGACAGUGGACACGUCGAAAGCCAAAACCUCGUUGGAGGCGCUGAAGAUCAGCAUCAAGCAGUUGAAGUGGAAAGAGUUUCCUCUGGGAAGACGGGCGGCCUGUGAUAUCUACUGGCAUGGCGUCUCCUUCCACGAAAAUGAGAAUAUUGUCUCAGGGCAGGUGAACAAGUUCCCAGGAAUGGUAGAAAUGCUGAGGAAGAUCAACCUGAGUCGGGCUAUGAGGACGGUUCAGGAGCUGUUCCCAGACGAGUACGAUUUCUAUCCCCGUUCCUGGAUCCUACCUGAGGAGUACCAGCAGUUCUCCACACAGAUUCGCAUGGUGAAGGAGAACGAUGCCACAGUGAAUCCAACCUUCAUUGUAAAGCCGGAUGGGGGUUCUCAGGGGGACGGCAUCUACCUCAUCCGUGACCCCAGUGACCUAAAGCUCAUGGUAGGUGCACAGGCCAAACAGGGCGUAGUCCAGGAGUACAUCCAGAGGCCGCUACUCAUCGACAAGCUCAAGUUUGAUAUUCGCCUCUAUGUGCUGAUAAAGUCUCUGGAGCCAUUGGAGAUCUACAUUGCCAAGGAAGGCCUCACACGUUUUUGCACCGAGCCCUACCAGGAACCAAGCCAGAAGAAUCUGAGCCAUGUCUUCAUGCACCUGACAAACUACUCCCUCAACGUGCACAGUGGGAACUUUGUCCACUCAGACAGCCAGAGCACCGGCAGCAAGCGGUCCCUCUCCAGCGUCCUCUACAGGCUCGCAGCCAAAGGCGUAGACAUCAAGAAGGUGUGGUCGGACAUCAUCGCUCUCGUCCUCAAAACCAUCAUCGCCGUGGUGCCUGAACUUAGAGUCUACUACCAGGCCGAUAUACCGCCGGGCAAACCAGGACCCACGUGCUUCCAGAUUUUGGGUUUUGACAUCCUGCUCAUGAAGAACCUGAAGCCAAUUUUAUUAGAGGUCAACUCCAACCCCAGUAUGAGGAUAGAACAUGAAAAAGAGGUGUCGUCAGGAGUUUUUGAAUAUGUUCCCAGUCCUGUGGAUGAAGAGGUCAAAGUGGGUGUGAUCAGGGACACACUGCGCCUUAUGGAUCCUGGCCAUAAGAAACCUUCAGGGAAAAGUUCCCAACUGAGGGCUGGAGGGUUCGAACACAAGGAGGAGAUUCCCAUUGAGACGGAGACGCAGGACAAGGGCUCGGACGAGGGAGCUCUGCCCUCACUGUGUCUGAAGCAGGUCUACCCCAAGUACACCAAACAGUUCAACUACCUGCGGCUGGUGGAGCGGAUCGCAUCUCUGUUCAUACGCUUCCUCGGUGUCAAGGGGAACAUGCGUCUGGGCCCCACAGCCUUCCGAACCUUCAUCAGGACCUGUAAACUGAGCAACAGUAACUUCACCAUGGCUUCAGUGGACAUCUUCUACAUAGACAGUACACGUCGCUGGUCAGGAGCAACGACGGAUUCUAGAGAAGCAGGGAUGGGACUGCAAGCCUUUGUGGAGGCCUUCUAUUCACUGGCAGGUCGCAGGUUCAAAUCCCUGGUGCAGAGGGAGCAGGUACUGUCACUGCUAGAGCUGUGCGAGGCCCAGCUCGAGUCCCAGUCAGGCGUCGAAGACAGACGCUCGGUGAGCUGCAGCCGAGCGCUGCCACGAGCGAAGACUCAGACACUCGGCCCCAACAACGGCUCCCCGGCUCCCCUCCGGAGGGCGGCCAGCCAGGACUACCGGCUGCAUCAGAGACUCAAGCAUCGCACACUCAGGGCCAACGUGGAGAACUGACGAGAGAGACCUUCAGCUCGUCGUCCAACUCCCAAACACCGCCUUUAGCCUUCUUCGCAGGAGCACGGAAAUUAGGCUUCCAACUCUCGUCAGCCGCUCCCGCAAGGUUCAGAUGAUGGGAGCCGGGAAAAACGACUCGCUUGACCCCUGCUGGCUGACUUGCAGGAGGACUGUUCUCAGCCUGAUUGCUUUUUCCUCAGAGGGAGAAGAUGUCUGCGGGGGUUUCGCAGUGGAAAUAGAACGAGGGAUGUGAGGAGGCCGGUGCGUUUCCUUCUCCCCUCCCGGUGAGAUCAUAUAUGAAGAGCGGUCCAGUCAGGAGGAGGAGGAGGAUAUGGCUGCUUCUAAUGUUCUUACUGAAUCUACAGGGCAGCUACUUGCUUCCCUUCACCGACGUUUGGUCACACACACACUGCGACGAACAGGAGUAACACUAGAUGCCCCGUUUGAAUAGAUUUACACACAUCGCACUUCAGCAAAUACAUAGGUGUAAGGGAGUGUCCUUAGUAUGUGGAUUAUGUUCUUGAAUUUGCACAAAAGAUCUUGAAACUAUUACAUUUGCACAGAAAUGGAUGUGAGGGUGACUGAGAAUGUGUAUGUGUGUGAGUGUGUGUGUGUGUGUGUGUGUAUGCACUGUACUGUAUUUAUUUGUGUUUAGUUCAAUGAUGAAAGCCUAUUUACAGCCAGUGGCUCAGCUGUGCAUCCAGCUCCAUGAGCCCAUUAGAGAUGAGUUGAGAGAGAGUGAGGAUUCAAAGGGAAAAAGGCCACGUCCCCACUUCUCCUCCAGUCAGGCAGCCUCAGACCUUCACAGAACAUGUUCCUAUAAGCAGCUUCUUCAUGGGGGACGUCCAUUCAUCAUUAGUUACUGCACAGAACUAGAUGCAUUUUUCAUCAAGUGUCAGACAGCUUUUUGUAAUAAAACCUUAUCCAAUGUGA